AGCCGAGCGAGAAUCCGCAGCUUCAAAAACAAAUAAAAGCCUUUCGACUUCUAACCGCAGUAUUCUUAAUGUUAUUAUCUCUGAAGUCUAUCUCUCGACUUCUACAGUAACGUUCGAUUCGACCAUUUCCUCUUCCCCCCCCCCCCAACGGGCCGCAUUGCCAAUAGAGAUAGAGAGAGGGAGUUCCUGUUAUAUAUAUUGCCUCAGUACACAAACACCACGCAACUGAUGUGUGAUAGCCCGUCCAUUGAUUGCUGAUUGCUGAAUCGAUAGAAACUGGAACCGAGGCUGUUUGCUGAGGGACCUUACAUUGACGCCUUACACGUAUGUGCCUUCACAACCACAGAGAAGAAGAAGGUGCAUGCGUAUUUGCUAUAGAAACAGCUGAGAACACCGCCUCGAAGCGGUCGAUGCAUCGUACGUAUACCUUCUCCCUAGAGUAAUGAUAGACUACCAACGACCCCAAGCGCAGGAUCGCACGGGCGAUCAUCCACUACAGGUAUCAGCACUGGCGUCGUGUGCGUUUCCUCAUGAUGCGUUCAUCGCGAGCACACCAGCCAACCUUCCGCCAGCGUCGUGUACACCGCAGGCAUCCGCUUCUUCGACCGUCUACAGCCAUGAAAUCCAACCAGCGCUGCCCAGCUUUGGGAGCGAGUUGAACGAGGGCCCUGUGUACCCCCCGGUGCCCACGGCCCGACACAUCCUCAUGCCCUCCCUUGCACAACAAAAGCCCUCCCAGCCUUCUGCGCUGUCAGAGCCACCGUCGCCGCAGCACUCCGUCAAUAAGAACUCCCUUGCUGCCGCUGCUGCUGCGUUGACGGUCGUCAAGUCACCGUGGGAGGUGUUGGUGGAUGACACGGCCGCCAACGCUGCAUACGCGGCGAAGGUGCAGCGAGCACGGCAGCUUCUGCAUGACUUCCACGUGUACCAGCAACAGCAGCAGCUCAGGCAAGACCACGGUAGCUGUUUCGGCAGGAGCGGCUGCGCGGUGCUCGACCCGUCUUCCAUCGGCUCCCAACAACGAGGUGGCAGCGGGUCCGCGUUGGGCAACAGCGCGAGGAGGCAGUCGAGGUUCACCGGCGCGGACACUGUGCGUGUGCUGCGCGGCUCACAACGGACAGCGCCGAGUGAGGGAAGCGACACGCGCGACGUGAGUACCGCAACGACGGUGCUGUCACCGGCGCUUACGCACGCUGAAGACAGCGGCCUCGCUCGCUCCAUCAAACAACCCUCUCCACCGGAACAGUGCCUCGCUCCGUUCAACACAACCUCUUCUCCCCCAUUGCUACUGACACCGGCGUCAUCAGCAUUGGAAUCGAACACCACCACCACCACCAUCACGAGGGACAAUAACGUUAAUAGUACGGGCAGCUUCAACGCCGCGGCGCUCGAUGUGGCGAAGAAGCGCGCGAGACGACUACUCUUCUACAACGCCAAGGCGCGGGCCGCGUUCAGUGACCAAGGCCUGUCCUUGACCCGCGCUGUGCACAAAGAACUGCUGCGUGGUGCGCCUUCCACGUCCGCUUCGGGGCUUGCGAGGCAGACAGGUGAGAGUGAUCCAACAACGCCGGCACCGACGUGCAGUGUUGAGAUGGAUGGAGCGGUCGACUCGCCCGGUGAUGCCCGGCUCAGCUCGUCGAAGCCGUCGGUGUCAACCGGGGAGGACAAGGCGGCAGGGCACUGCAGUGAAGCUGCGUCGUUGGCUUCCGCGGAGUCAGAGGCGGAGGCGAAGCGGGCACUUCAUCUGCUGUGCGGUAUUCGCGCCAUGCGGCGGCAAACAGAGGAGCUCACUGUGGCCCUGCUGCACGCCUGCGGGGAGUGGAGCUGCUGGGAUGCGACGGUGGAUGCGCCACAUCUCCAUCCUUCUUCUUCUUCGGAGAUGAAGAGCACCUCUCCGCGGCAGCAUUUGUUUGCUGAUUUGUUCCUUCGCAGUGGUGGCGGUGCCGCUACUGCGGCGAAGAGAGCCGCCAUGGCAGACGGCGAAGAAGGCAGCGCCACUGCGUUGUACGAGGAGGAGCUGCGGAGCGGACGUGCACAGGCCUGCACCGCACUGCGCGCGGCUCUGCACCUGCCGAGCGAACCCCCUCAAGACAACAAUGACAGAGGCCCCGUGAAUGCAACAGACAAAGCACGAGCGCGCACCGGAGAGCUACCGCGAUCUGCCGUCGCCUUCUUGAAGCUCGCAGAAGCGCCUCCGCCGCGUGCGGUACCGCCGCCGCCGCCCACGUCGACGCAACUUGCGUUGUUCGCCUCGCAGCAGCGCAUCUUGCGAGAGGCCCCACCGUGCUGGCAAGCCUGCGUGUCGCCGACAGCGGCACGCCACGCGCCAUCUGUGUCUGACUCUGCUCCCGCGCGGAAUGAAAAGAUGGAGAGUGCGACACCGCAGCCGACGCAGCGGGACGCCGGCGUUCACGGGGCGGACGAAGCACGUGGCGUGUACGCCCGCUUUCAGCGACAUCUACACGAUCUGCGUGCUGAGCGGCGCAGCGUGCAGCGCACCUACGAAGCCUUGUGCACGGCUGCCGUGUCGAAGGCGCAUGGACCGCGACGACGGAGCUCUCAAACAUCUUCAACAUCGUCAUCGUCACGGAAGCGCUGCGCUUCCGCAAAGCCGCGUGUUGACCCCGCAGACGCGCAGGGGGCUCUAAGCCGCGAGGGAGACGGUCCGGCGUCGCCACUGCGUGCAGGCAGCAGCACGCUUCUCUCUUCGCCUCCGGUAGUCGCCGGAGAGAAGACGCGGCCAUGGAUGGAUAGCAUUGAUGACGGAGAAGGAAAGAGGGAGCCUUUGGUUACGCGGGACGACAGGGCAGCUGUGGAGAGCACCACGGCAACGCUCGUUGCGCCCGAUAAGGAGCCGGCAGCGCAGCAAAGGACAAAGGAGACGCUGGAGCUGCCUUCCUCACCUCGUCUUGCAUCUGCAGACGGGCACGAUGACCCCCCUCACGGCAACGACGGCAACGCUGCGCCUCUGUCUUCGAAGGCGCGGGCACGUGCUGCUGCAGUGGCCACGGCUGCCCGCCUGCUCUCCUCCUCCGUGUCCUCGAACAGCGAGGUGUUGGGCAAACCGACGGACCGCACCGCGGAGCUGCAUGCUGCAUGUCCGCCGACCAUAGCGCCGUCUUCGAAAGAAAGUCCUCCUGCAGGUUCACCGGUGACGCCUCCUCCUGUGGAUGAGAAGGCAGAUCGAGAAGCAGCGCCUCUGCCUGUCUCCGCCGCAGCGCACGUAUCAGCUGAAAGAGGAGGAGAAGUGGCGCCCGCUGCUCCGCUGCCCGCCGGCUCCAAGGAGCAGCGAGGCCCCGGCAGCACGCAGCCGUCCGCAGCUGCUGUUAAACAAGUUUGCAGCACACCAGAGGUGAUCGGCGCGCGUGAGGGUGCAAUAGUUGCAGCCGAAAGAGACGGAAACACCACGGAGGGGCAACGACGCAGCCCUGCGGCCGCCGCUUCCGCGAGGAGGCGGCGCAGUUUGGUCGAGUCAACGUUGUCCGAGGACGACCACAGCACCGACACUGCCACUUCCACUUCCGACGAGAAGCCUGUCAACAACACCGGCAGUCGCAGCGAGAGCAGCUACACAGCUUCGCACGACAGCGAUGAUGAUAGCUACAGUUACAGUUAUAGCGACGGCGGCGCAAACGUGCACGCGACGCCGCACGCGUGCGCAGCUUCCUGGCUCCCCUUCAUGAACGCCACCUUGUUCACGCACGCCGGUGCGGUUGACGCCGCUGCGGAGGCGGAGCGCAAAGCUCGUGAAGAGGGCGAAAGCAGAACACAUAAGGCCAGUCGUUCUUCACGUCGCCAGGGUGUAAUUCACAGCCCGAUCGGUGGACUGAGCAUGGAUGUGUAUGAUGAGCUCACGGAAUGGGUGUCGAGGCAGCAGCAGCAGCAGGAGGGCAGGAGCGGCACAGCUCAACAAUCGUCUGCGGCGGAUGAUGGGACGGCCGCUGCGUCUGUGCUCUCCGCUGACGACUUGAGGGCGUUGUCGACGUGGCUGCGCACGGCAGCGGCGGAGGAAGACAACGUAGGACGGCGGAAGCACACGGGCAGGGGGGGAGCAGGUGCUGCUGUCUCCGCCGCAGCCGCGUCAACACCACCACCACCACCACGGGUUCAGAAGGCGCUGCAGAUUAUUUUUCAGGGGAAGACUCCCGCCGUGUCGCUUUUCCUUUCCAGCAAAGCCGCAACAACUGCGACACACGAUAACGCAGAGGAACACGCAGCACGGAAGAAAGAUUCGAUGCUGUCCGCAGCGGGUGCGUCAACGCGUCUGCCGUCUACAAACCUUCAACAAGAGAUUCCUGCGGGCCCCACUGCGAUAGCCGUUGCGCGUAGCACUCCAUCCCUAAGCGUGGCUUCUUCUGCCAACGAGGAGGCCGGAAUUCACGCAGCUACUCCGGAAACUCUCCCACCUGUGCACCCCAACAUGACGAACGCCAGCACCCCAGAAGCGAGUAAGCAGAAGGUUGUGCAGUCACCACGCCGGAGGUCGCUGCUUAAGCGACUCUUCAGCUGCGGCGGACGGUGA